ACCCCAGCACGACCACGGCCAUGAGAGCUCUGGCAGGAGCAGGUGCAGCCCACACCGAGCCCUGCGGCCCCUUCCCGUUGAGGCUGUUCAUCACCACGCUCCUUCUUCGCUUUCCUCCUGCACCCGACCGCCCUAAGCCAGCGGUGCCCCCGGUGCUGCCACACUCUGCCAUGGCUCGCCUGGCCCCUUUGGUGCCCGGUGGGCUCAGUGUCCCCUGCAGCAGCCCCCAGGCUCCCUGUCCACCCCAGUGCCAGCUGGCCCUGCCGCGGGAUUAGGCGGCAGCACGAGAGGAAAGCGCCGAGCAUCUCCCCGGAUCAAACGCCCACGGGGCAGCGGGGAGGGGGCGUCAUUCACCCCCCUCCCGGUGUGAGAGCGGCUCGGGGCCGCCCGGAGCUGCGAUGAGCGUGCAGCCGGUGCUCAGAGGCAGUGGGAGGGAGGCGCUCGGGGGAAUCAGUCAGGUGUGGACGAGGUAUGAGGGGAGGCAGGGAUGGAGCCGCACUCGUGACAGCGUGCCGAGCGCUCACGCGCAUCCCUCCUCCCGCCGAGAUGCAGCAGGGCCGGCCAUCCCUCUGCUGCGUCUCCACCAUCCGCAGCUCGCAGGGACCAGCCGAGCCAGCCGCCGCUGCCGCCUCUGCUCACUUCAGCUUCUGCCGCAGCCUCCUGGAGCACACGGUGUCGGCCGAGAACCUGAGCUACCGCCUGCAGCGCAACGCGGGCAGCAGCCUCACCUGGCACGACGGCCGCAGCCAGCGCCCCGACGGCGGCCGCACCGUCAAACUCCUGCGGCAGCCGGGCACCGAGGGCUCGCAGGUCCGUGGCUGUGACCACUAUGGCAUCUACCACACCAGCCCCACGCUGGGCAGCCUGGUCAAGCCGGUGGUGCUGUGGAGCCAGCAGGAUGUGUGCAAAUGGCUGAAGAAGCACUGCCCACACAACUAUCUCAUCUAUGUCGAGGCGUUCUCCCACCACGCCAUCACAGGCCGGGCGCUGCUGCGGCUGAACGGGGAGAAGCUGCAGCGCAUGGGGAUCGCGCUGGAGACGCAGCGCCAGGAGCUCCUGCAGCAGGUCCUGCAGCUCCAGGUGCGCGAGGAGGUCCGGAACCUGCAGCUGCUCAGCCAAGAUUGCACCAACACUGUGAACCGAGCUCCGCUGGGACGGGCUGUGCAUCGCCGAUACGAGACCUGAGCCACACGCUUGGAAUAAGAAGAGACAGCUUCCCAGACACUCCAGGACUCCUCUCCUGCUUCUUCCUUCUCUUUCUUUUAAAGGAAUACAUUCCUGUGCAGGGAUGGAAGGUUUCUUCCAGCAGACAUGGCUCUUGGCUGGAGGAAAAUCAGCAAACCAGCUGCUGGGACAGAUGAUGAACUUCCAUCCACCUGAGACUGACGGUUCACAGGGAAAGAGAUGGAAAAAAGGAGAUGGCAAAAGGCAGGGCUCAGCACUGUGGAGAAAGGGAAUGCAGUGAUUCCAGGGACAGCUCGGAGCCAUGUGCAGGACACUGAAGCAUUAUGCACUUGGGCAACAUCCCAGCACCCAGCAACUCGUGUCCAUGCCUUGGAGCUUAUUUAGGGAGCUUUGGUUUCCUCAUCAGACUGGGCUGCCUUCCAGCGUCCGGGGAGGUGACGUUAUCGGUAGCAAAUAAGAUGAUACAGCCAGCCAAAAAAUUCAAAGCGGGGCCAAGACCCCAGCACCCAGCUCCACUUGGUGAGUUAAAAAGGGAGCUGAGUCAUCAGAGCUGGAAAAUCUGCAAGUAAAAGCAGGUUGGAUGCACCAGGAGGGUGCCAAGGCCUGGAGGAAGCUGUGCCAAGAGCUCAUCCUUCAUCCAGGCAGACGGGGGAGCCUGUGCAGGGGCUGGGGGCAGCAGGCAGGGGUGCUGCUGGGUGGUUGUGGGUGCUGCCCAGGGUGGGGCUGGGGGAGCACUGGAUGCCAGGUCCUCCCCAGCUGCCGUGCCUGGUCCUGCUCUGUUCCCAUCAGCUCUGCAGAGCUCUGCUCAUCCAGGCAUUGGCAGGUUCCUGUCCUGACCUCCUGCCUAAAGGCUGGUGAUGGUGCCACCAAAGCCAGGCAUCUUCCUGAUGACCUUCACCAUCAUUACAGUGAAAGUGUUUGCUGUUGGGCCCCCAUCUCCCAAACUCUCCCAAACAGAGCUACAGACUGCCCUUUUGGGCAGAUAAGGAAAAUCCAUAUGUAAAUCAGGAUUUUUGGCCAGGGUGGAUGGUGUCACCUCCCCACAUUCCACCUCAAGUGAUGAGGGUAGGGCUGUGGGUUAUGGGGGUCCAAAAACAGCAGCACCCCAAACCCCCUGAGGCAUUGGGAUGUGGAGGCAGGUCACGGUGCUCCCUGGCUGGGCAUCCUCCUGCCUGCUUCUCUGCUGGUAAUAAAUUAGAGACUGUUAUUUUAACUCACUGCUCUUCUGGCUCUUCCCACACCUGAACCUGCCCUGUGAGUUUGCUCCACUAGCCCUUCCUGGGGAUUCUCAGGAGAUGUCUACAGCCCUAAAUCCCUCCAUGCCAGGCUGAACAUCUUCCCUCUCUGCCUGUGGGUCAGGGGUCUGUGACCCUCAGCUCUGUCUGCAGGGAAGCAGCUCCCGGGCUUUGCUGUGUGCAGCCCCUGGUACCCCAGGACAUAGAAAUUAGAAUCUCCUCCUCUUUCCAUCCUGACCUUUUCUAAUAUGCAGCAAAAUUUGCUCUUCUCACCUCACAGAGACUCACGAGCAACAGAGCAGGGAGAAUUUAUUAAGUUUAAAGAAAAGUAGAAAGAAGCCAGGAAAAAGCCCAUCUUCCCCACGGUGGGGUUUGUUUCUGUCCUGGUGGGGCAGUGGGAGCUGUGGGGUGACAAGGGGGCCAGAAGCCCUAAGAGCAGAUCACUGCAGGUGUGUGCACAUCGUUAGAGGGAGAUGCUGAGCUUCUCUCCAGAGCUCGGGAGCUGCACAGGGAGAAAUGCUUUCUCCAGGCUCCAGCUGGGCUCAUGCAGUAAGCUGGUGGAGAUUUGGCUUGGAAUGCAGCUGGGGUGCACAGAACAGUGCUGGGGCUGCCCCGGACCCUCUGGAAAAGGCAGGGUUCCCCCCAGAUGCUGUCCCAAAACCUGGCUGCCCCUUGCUGGGCUCCUGAGGAUGCUCUGGCUCUCUCCAGCUCCUCAGCAUGGAAGAAAGGAGGCACAGAAGAAAGCAGAAACCUGACCUAUUGCACUCAGCCAGAGCCCCAUCCAUGGCCCUUGUUUGGGUAUCUUUCUGAGACCCACCAGCACAGGAUGAGGUGGAGGAGCAGUGUGAAAAUGUAUUCCCAUGGCUGGCAGGAGGAUGCUGUCCUGCCCCCAGUCCCCUGCUCUGUGUCUUUGUUCUGAUAAGCGUGGUGAUAGAGCAGAGCAUCUCGGCAGGCUGGCUCUGAACUACUGCUCUGGCAGUGUCUGGUGCCACCUAAUGCCCAUGGCUUGUCCAAGGGACACCCAGGACUCUGCCCAAGGCAGCAGAGAAGCAUCCAGAGCAGCCCUGACAUGGUUUUGACUUCGGUAGCUGUGGGCCUACAGCAAAAUGAGUCUGCAUGGUGGAUCAAAGGAAGGACAGUCCUCCUCAUGGGUGAGAAUUUGGGGUGGUGAGUAUUGCACCAGGACCCUGGGAACUGGAAGCAGAUGCUGCUCAAGAUCCUCUCAGACUGAGGCACAGCUUAGUCACUCCUCAUCUUUUGCCGAGCAAGAAAAAUACCUUCUAUUUGUCCAGCACUUAUCUGCCAGUGAUAUUCCAGGCACUGCCCCAAAACAAACAGGGCUGACAAUGAAACACAGAUGAAUCAAUUCAUGCAAUAUUAAAACCAGACAACAAUUAAAGUAAACAGAAAACACCAGCAAGCAUCAGUCAGUCCCCUGCAGCAGGCAGGAGGAUACAGGCAGCAGCACCGGGGCACAGGGGCAGGCAAUGGCCACACAACUCCUGUCUCUGAUAAAUUUUUUGCCAUUUUAUUUGGUGGAAAAUCUUUUGAAUAAGAGGGCCAAUGUGUCACUGGCAUCAGGAGUUAUGUUCAGCACCUUCUUAGAAAGGAACAAUCCAGCAGUCCCUUCCCAGUGGCAGUUUGCAGAUUCCAGCAAGGUUUUCAAGCAGAAAAUAAAAAAGCCAGCAGAGAUGCCCAUAGAAAAUGCAUGCAAAUUUGUCUGAGUAAUUACUGAGCUUGAUGAUGUAAACACCUCCAGCUCUGAAGCACUGCUGAUUGUGGCUCUGAUGCAGGGAACGCUCCCCAUCCCUCUGACUCUGAAAUUCACAGCGGGUGCUGAAAUUCACAGCCCGUGCUGUCCCUGGCUGAGCAGGGUGGGAGGACACGGUGUGCUGGGCACAGAGGUGGCAGCACCUGCCACUGGCUCUGCUGAGGUGGAGCUGGUUUAAAUUGAAAUGUCUGUCCCCAGUGGUUUGCAUGCUCCAUCUAAUUAGGACCCUGUCAUCCCACCAGGUGCACAGGAGGAUUACGAACCACCCCAAGCCAUUGGGGAAGCUUGACAUGAGCAACAAGUUCUGGCAGCCCAGUAAGCCAACCCUGCCCUGAGCUGCAUCCCCAGCACCAUGGCAGCAAGGAGGGGGGUUUUUCUCCCCCUUCUCUGCUCAGGAGGGACCCCACUGCUGCCUCGAGCUCUGGGGAUUCUGACAUGAGAAGGUUGUGGAGCUGCUGGAGUGAGUCCAGAGUAUGAACCCAAAGGUGCCCCAAGGGCUGGAGCAGUGCUGCAAUGAAGACAGGCUGAGAAAUCUGGGGUUGGUAAACCUGGAAAAGAGAAGGCUCUGGUGAGAUCUUAGAGCCACUUUCAGUGCCUAAAGGAGCUGAGGGACUUUGAACAAGAACAUGAAGUGACAGGACAAGGAGGAAUGGCUUUAAACCAGCAGAAGACAGGGUUAGGUUGGAUAUUAGGAAGAAAUUCUUCCCUGUGAGAGUGGUGAGGCACUGGCACAGGCUGCCCAGAGUAGCUGUGGCUGCCUCAUGCCUGAAGGAUGCAGCAGCCUGGAAGGGCUGCCUGAGUGCUGCCCCAGGCCAGAGGAUCCCAGGGAAGAGUGAGGCACCAGUGUGUGGCAGGGGCACAGUGAAACAGCCACUCCUGGGAUGCUCCAAUAGCUACAUCCCAGCUCUGGCACACCUCCCUCUGCCUCGUCCCACAGCCCUGCUCCCCAUCCCACUGCCUGGUGCUGGAGGACAAGACAGGGCUUGGGAACACACACACAGAGUCCUGCAGUGAUGGCAGCAGAAGUCUUCUGCUCCAGCAUGUUCUUGCUGCACAUCCAGGACUAAUCAAUCUUGAUUUAUUGCUAAUGAACUUGAAAACAGUGUUGGGAUGGAUCAGGUGCCACUCAGGGUGAGAUGGAUAAUAUAAUUAAGAUUUCCUCAAAGGUCCCGUUUUUCUUACCUUGUUAAUUAAGCUGAUGUGGGGCCCUCCAUGCAGAAUACGUAAUGAGAAGCUGCCAAGACAGAGCUGGCUGUUAAGGGGAGGUGAUGCAGGAGGAGAUGCUGGCCUUGACCGCAGGGCUGGAGACAUUUGGGCAGCUCUUUGGUGGCCUGGUUCCCCAGAGCAGCCAAGAGCUGAUCUCUGCUGAGAACUCAGCACAUGCUUUCCACAAAUCCAUUUGGAGCCCGCAGGGCAGAGCGUGCAGUCACAGGUGGAGGUGGAUGGGCUCAUCCCCGUUUGGGAUAGGCUGAGCAUCAUGGCAGAGCACACCAAAGCACAGCCCAGGGUGUGGGGACAGGGCAUUUCCUGCAGGAACCCAUGAGCAGCCCUGUGGCCUCAAGCAGCAGCUCUCAUCAGGGCUGAGGAGGAGGGGAAGCUGCUCCACUCCCCAUGGCCCAGGCACGUUUUUGGUACUUGCACUGGUGGUGACUUAUGACAAUGAAUUAAUGGCCUCUUAAUAAGGGUGACACUUUCCUUAAUUAGAAAGUAUCAGAGCAGGGAUAAUUGCUUCAUUUCAUUCUGUUCCCCUGUAUUACUUCCUUCAUUUUUGGUCCUCAUUCUCAGCUGCUGGAUGCCCUCUGAAUGCUCUGCUUCCCCAGAGCCAGAAGCACUCCCAGGGACUGUGGGCAUGGCACAGAGGCAGGAAAGAUGGAGAGAAGUGGGUGUGGGUAUGGCUGUGGAGCUUUCACUGGGACAAGGAUGGAGAGGGGUGGGUGCAGAUGCAGUCCUGCUGCUUCCACCAGGGUGGUCCCAGGUUUGCAGCAAUGCCAGGUGCAGGGUUGGUGGCACAUGGGACCACCUGGCAAGGCUGGAGUAAGGGGGAGGCAACAUCCACAGGCUGGAAGCCACCAGAGGGAAGGCAGCAAGUGGUGGGAGUCAGGCAGCCCAGGAAAGGCAAUAGGACUGAGAUAAAGAAUUGAUCCAAAACAAGUAUCUUUUGGGUUGACCAGAGCUGUUCCCCAGCCUGGAUGCAGUAGGUUUGCUGCAAAGCCAAGUUGAACAUUCACAGCAUUUCACUCGGGCCUUUUUUGGAAAGGCAAGUUUGGGGUUUGGUUUUGGCACAACAUUCCCAGGCAGCACAUUUGCACAGGCUCUUACUGGGGCCUCCAGGAAAAUCCUUCACACCCCCCACAGAAAAUUAGCCUCUUCACUUCCCAUCAGAGGAAGCAUUUUCUAAAACUAGGAAGGAUUUGAUGAAGCUGCAUAACUUCAUCACCAGCUGCAUCCCCACAGCUCCCACUGCCUCUAUGGGGCUGAUGGGUUCCCAUGGGACAUGCCCUCCCUGUCACACACAACCCCGUAAAAUCAUAAACAGCAGUCUCAGGGCUGCUGGGAGCUUUACAGCUCCAGCUCCUCCUUGAGGCAGGAGCUUUUUCCCCCUUAGCCUUCCCUCUUUGCACUGCAACCAUUUUGCUUUGUCGCCAUAUCUAAAAUUGAAUCUGUUUGGAUUUUCUCUCGCUCUUCUUUUUUCUUUUUUUUUUUUUUUCCCUUUUGCUUAUAUUUGCUGAGUGCAUUCAAGCACAG